AUGUCUUCCCUUAAGCAAUUCAUUCGGAAUGUUCGAUCUGCCAAGACAAUCGCCGAUGAACGUGCUGUCAUUCAAAAAGAAAGCGCCGCCAUUCGCGCAUCGUUUCGAGAAGAGAGUCAUGAUUCCGGCAUCCGGAGGAAUAAUGUCGCCAAGCUCUUGUAUCUGUUCACUCUCGGAGAGCGCACUCACUUCGGCCAAAUCGAAUGCUUGAAACUCCUCGCCUCACACCGAUUCGCUGACAAGCGGUUGGGUUAUCUGGGAACCAUGCUGUUGUUGGAUGAGAACCAGGAAGUUCUGACACUUGUGACCAAUUCUUUGAAAAAUGACCUCAACCACUCCAACCAAUAUAUCGUCGGUCUUGCCCUAUGUGCCCUCGGUAACAUCGCCUCGGUCGAAAUGUCUCGUGAUUUGUUCCCCGAAGUUGAAACCCUUAUGUCGACGGCCAACCCCUACAUUCGGCGGAAGGCAGCGAUUUGUGCCAUGCGGAUAUGUCGCAAGGUUCCAGACCUACACGAACACUUCCUCGAGAAGGCCAAGAACCUCUUGUCAGACCGAAAUCAUGGCGUCCUGCUCUGUGGUUUGACACUGGCGAUUGAUCUAUGCGAGGCAGAAGAAGAGGAGGAAGGGCCUGAGGGGGUGAUCGAAAUGUUCCGGCCGCUGGCUGGAGGACUUGUUCGCGCUUUGAAGGGGCUGACAACCUCCGGGUAUGCUCCCGAGCAUGACGUGUCCGGUAUCACAGACCCUUUCCUACAAGUCAAGAUCCUGCGGUUCCUACGUGUAUUGGGUCGGGGAGAUGUGGCCACCAGCGAACUGAUCAAUGACAUCUUGGCCCAGGUGGCCACGAACACGGAUUCCUCAAAGAAUGUCGGUAACUCUAUCCUAUACGAGGCUGUUCUCACAAUCCUGGAUAUCGAAGCCGACUCGGGGUUGAGGGUGCUGGGUGUCAACAUUCUGGGCAAGUUCCUGGCCAACAAGGACAAUAAUAUCCGUUACGUUGCGCUGAACACGUUGAACAAGGUUGUUGCAAUUGAACCCAACGCGGUGCAAAGACAUCGCAACACAAUCUUGGAGUGCCUGCGGGACCCUGAUAUUAGCAUUCGCCGGCGAGCGCUCGAUCUCAGCUUCAUGCUGAUCAACGAAAGCAAUGUGCGGGUAUUAGUGCGAGAGCUGCUGGCCUUCCUGGAAGUAGCCGACAACGAAUUCAAGUCUCUGAUGACGACACAAAUCGGCAUCGCGGCAGAUCGGUUCGCGCCCAACAAGCGGUGGCACAUGGACACUGUUCUGCGAAUUCUCAAGCUGGCUGGGAACUACGUCAAAGAACAAAUACUCUCCUCAUUCGUCCGUCUCAUUGCGACUACCCCUGACUUGCAGACUUAUGCGGUACAGAAGCUUUACUCCUCAGUGAAGGAGGACAUCUCACAAGAAGGUCUCACACUGGCUGCUACAUGGACCAUCGGUGAAUAUGCCGACAAUCUGCUCCAGGGCGGUCAGUACGAGGAAGAAGAGCUGGUCAAGGAAGUUCGAGAGAGCGACAUCGUCGACCUCUUCACCAACAUACUUAACAGCACCUAUGCCUCCCAGAUUGUUGUUGAAUAUAUUAUCACUGCAUCCAUGAAGCUUACUGUGCGCAUGUCGGAUCCCGCUCAGAUCGAACGUCUACGCCGUCUGCUUUCCAGUCGUACUGCGGAUCUAAGUGUUGAGAUUCAGCAGCGUGCCGUUGAAUAUACCAACCUCUUCGGCUACGACCAGAUUCGACGUGGUGUGCUGGAGCGGAUGCCCCCGCCUGAAAUUCGGGAGGAGCAACGGGUAUUCGGCGCCCCCGCCCCUAAGAAACGCCAAAGCAAGGUUCUCCCCGGCAAGUCGGCGACAAAGACGGCCAAACCAGCUGAGCAUGACCUCCUUCUUGACCUGGUUGGCGGAUCCGACGCCCCUGUCACUAGCCCGACCUCGACUGGAACCGCCGAUCUGCUGGCAGACAUCCUUGGUGGAGACUCGGGUUUAUCUUCUCCGUCGCCUGGGCCUACCAGCCAACAGGCCUCGCACGGCGCGAUUAUGGACCUCUUCGGUUCCAAUGGCCCUUCGCCGUCCCCUCAGCCCACACAACCGACAUCCGCAUCGAUGGAUCUGCUGGCUGGUGGCAUGGGUGCUUCUGCGCCUUCGCCUUCUAUUUCGCCCGCCCCCGUCACCGCCUCUACCCCUGCGCACACCGCGCUCAAUAAGGACGGCCUCGUUCUUACCUUGCAGGUUCAACGCAGUGGAACCAACGCCCAAAUAUUGGCCCGCUUCCGCAACGAGUCCAACUUCGACCGCUUCACCAACGUUGGCUUACAAGCCGCCGUGCCAAAGAGUCAGCGCUUGCAAUUGAGUGCAAUCAGCAAAGCCGAUCUAGAGGCUGGCGAGGAAGGCACACAGUCAAUGCGUGUGACCGCUCUGAAUGCGGGCCUUCCCGCCAAACUUCGCCUCCGUCUCCGUGUCACAUCCGCCCGGGAUGGUGGAAACCCCGUUACGGACCAGGUGGAUUGGUCGGAGCCGUAA